AUGGAUUACUCGGAGGUUGAUGAAGAUGAUGAGGAUUUAUACGAAGGGUUAGAGGCCGACAAUUUGCUACAAGGAUCAUACGAAAAAAGAAUCGAAGAAAAAAAAAAGGAAGUCGAAAGGGUACCCGUGAAACCGAAAGAGCAAUUUUUUGAAAAGUCAAGAAGAAGUUUAUACAAAAAGUUAAGCGGCGCCAAGGUGGUGUACACCAAAAAGGAACCCUGCUUGUUCCUCGGUGCCCCCCAAUUGAGCGAAGGCGCAGAUGAGGAAGAUAACAAAGUCGAGUUUUUAUUACUAGUAAAUUUGUUAUACUUUAUAAAUGACGUGGUAAUAAAAAAUUAUUGCGAGAAAAUCGGGAAAGUGAAAAGAGUAGUUAUCCUGGAAGAUGACAAGCACGGAAAAUCCCUAGGGAUCUGUUUGGUAGAAUUUUACAGCCUAGAUUCGUCGCAAAAUUAUGUUGCUUAUUUGAAAGAAAAGCUGAAAGCUGAUGUGCGCAAGGUAAGUCUGGACAUAGAGGAACAAAUAAAAGGUGAUGAGAUGUACAACUAUGGAGGGUAUAUAAAUAGUCACACGAUAGAAUUAAUAAAAAGAGAUAACUUGGAUGUCCUGCAGUGCACGGAAAAUAUCCAUGACGCUUUAAGUAAAUCACUAAACUUGAAUAAGCACCCCAUUUUUAGUUGGUUUAAUACCAGCAUGAAAGAUGUCCUCAGUACUUACGUUAAGAGCGAAUUAAAAAAAAAAAAAAAAAACGCCAUCAUAAAUAAUGAUUAUAUGGAUCGGAAAAACGAAAGCGACUCCGAUUCUGGAAGUGAUAUAUCUGCGCAUAUCAUAGAUUAUGUUUCGAAAAAGAAUAAGUUCCUUUCGUACGGUAAAUCCUAG